ACAUGCGAAUGCGUCAUUAUUGAAAACAAAUGUAAUAAUCCCUUCCCUUCCUCUCUCUCCUUUUUGGAUUUUUAGCCCUUCGAAAUCCCGCUGUUAGACAGCGACUUUCCCCUCUCCCCUUUCCAUAAAGCCCUUUUUUUCCCCUUCAUCUCUUCUCAUUUUUCAUAUUUCAGUUUUCAUCUCUCUUUUCCCCUUUCACUAAAAUGGCUCAGAAAGUUGUGCUGAAGGUGAUGACGAUGACGGACGAGAAGACGAAGCAGAAAGCAAUCGAAGCUGCGGCAGACAUCUACGGUGUUGAUUCGAUCGCGGCGGAUCUGAAGGAUCAGAAAUUGACGGUGGUAGGAUCGAUGGACGCGGUUGCGAUAGUGAAGAAAUUGAAGAAAGUAGGUAAAGUGGAUAUAAUAUCAGUCGGACCUGCAAAGGAAGAGAAGAAAGAAGAGAAGAAAGAGGAGAAAAAGGAUGAGAAAAAGGAUGAGAAAAAAGAGGAGCCCAAGAAAGAGGAGGCUAAGAAAGAUGAAAAAAAGUAAAACUAUUGAUGUUAAAAAACUUACAAUUCCUUCUUCUUUCAAUUUUGAGAAUAUUCUAAUUUAAAUACUCAUCAUUUUCAUAAUAUCAAAACACAUAUAUAAAGGAAAGAAGCUACCUUUCUACUUUAUAUUUCUCAAUUGCAUUGUACAAAUAAACCAUUAAUUACAUUUUUCUAUUUCUUCUU